AUGCAGCCCGCAGGCUGGGCGGCCGUCAGGGAGGCGGCGGCCCGCGACCUGCUGGCCGCGGAUCUCCUCUGCAGUCUGUUCACCUCCGCCCUGCAGAGCUACAGGCGCGACUCGGCGCUGCGGCCUUUUCCCGCGUCCUAUGCCCGCCACGACUGCAAGGACUUUGAGGCCCUGCUUGCAGAUGCCAGUAAAUUACCCAAUCUGAAAGAAUUUCUCCAGUACUCUGAAGACAAAGACAAAUGGGCCUGGGACCUGCUGAGCUGGAUUUUAUCCUCAAAAGUCCUGACAGUCCACAGUGCAGGGAAGUCAGAGUUUGAAAAGAUCCAAAAGCUGACUGGUGCCCCUCACACUGCUGUCCCCGUGCCGGACUUCCUAUUUGAAAUCGAGUACUCCGACCCAGCGAAUGCCAAAUUUUAUGAGACCAAAGGAGAACGUGACCUAAUCUACGCCUUCCAUGGGAGCCGCCUAGAGAACUUCCAUUCCAUCAUCCACAAUGGCCUGCACUGCCACCUGAACAAGACAUCCUUGUUCGGGGAAGGGACCUACCUCACCAGUGACUUGAGCCUGGCCCUUAUUUAUAGCCCCCAUGGCCAUGGGUGGCAGCACAGCCUCCUUGGCCCCAUCCUCAGCUGUGUGGCUGUGUGUGAGGUCAUUGACCAUCCAGAUGUCAAGUGCCAAACCAAGAAGAAAGAUUCCAAGGAGAUAGAUCGUAGCAGAGCGAGAAUCAGACACAGUGAAGGGGGCGACAUCCCUCCAAAGUACUUUGUGGUUACCAACAACCAGCUCCUGCGAGUGAAGUACCUUCUGGUGUACUCACAGAAGCAGGCCAAGAGCAGGGCUUCGAGCCAUCUGUCCUGGUUUUCCAGCCAUUGGUUUACGGUCAUGCUAUCCCUGUAUCUGCUGCUGCUGCUCAUAGUGAGUGUCAUCAACUCCUCUGCUUUCCAACACUUUUGGAAUCGUGCGAAGAGAUAAUCUUUCUGGGCCUGGAGUGGGGACCAGCUCAACCAUGUGCCUUAUGACAACUUGUUUUGUACCUCCCAUGUCCCAUUUCCAGCCAGGUUAAGACUGGAGGCCAGUUGGGGACCACAGGACAAUUUUCACAUGCCAUAAAUGUAUCAGUUGCCUUUGAUGAUGCUCCAGCCACACUCCUAGCCAAUGGGGACCACUGGUCCCUCACUCAUAGGUUUCAGGGAGCCCUCCUGUCUGCUCCUGCCUAAACAGUCCCAGGGAGUCGGCUUUUCCAUCAGGGCCAAAGGAAAAAGUCCUGCUGCAUUUAAAAACAAAGUGUCCAAGCUGUCAGUGGUAUGUUUACAAUCGCUCCUGGCGGACGUUGGCCCUUUCUCUAAUGCCUUCUGGAAGGCGGAAAAUGCGUAGUGGGGACGAUAAAUCACUAGGCGGUUGCCUUGUUUUGACUUGAGACACUCAAGAGAAACAGUCAUGUUCCUCAUAAAAAUCGGUGGGAUCGGUUUUUGAAUUCCAUCCGCCUUUGUAAGUACAAAACAUUUUCAGUUUUCUCAAAUCAACAAACAGCAUUCUGCUACAGCUGUAACCCCGUGCCCGGCCAUGGAUGAGAAGGGAAGGAGUCAGAGAUCUGAUUAAAAACUAACAGUGAGCAACUCAAGUGUCUUUUUCUAAAAAUUACCAACUGCUAAUUAUAGCUGCAGGCCUGCCUCCGGAUCUUGUUCCCAUGGAGCUGCCUUGACUGUGGCCUGCCAGCCACCAGUGCCAUGCUGCAGGCCCUCGGUCACUGCUAGCUUCGAGGCAGAGGCCUGCCAAGGUGCGUCACCCCUGUGUGUGGACUGAGCCUCCCUCAGAGGGGUUACAGGUCUUUGGGUUCAGCCUGGGCUGUACAUGUGCAGAAAAACCUCUGGCUGCCAGAGAGCCUCACUUCUACUCGUUGUAUUCUCUGCCCCUCCUUCCUGCCCUGUUUCAGCCAUAAUGGAGAUCUGUCUUAUUUGGGGUGGGGGGCAUUUCUGUAAAGAAAGGAGAAAGUCAUUUUUCU